GAUUUUCUUUUUCCCUCUCUCCUCAUCAAAUUUCCUCUCUAUCCAUCUCUACUAACAUUCUCAAGGCGUCUUAACUUUUAUAUAUAGCGAAUCAGAUUGUACUCUAGAAAUGACAGGCAAAGAAAUCUUGCACAAGAUGAAGGCUAAAGUUGGGCUUGGUUCAUCAGCAAGUGAUACAGCAGAAGCAGGGAAGGGCAAGAGCAAGAUGUUCGGGAAACAGAUAACUCAUGGUUUCCAUUUAGUGAAGGGACAGUCACAUCAUGCCAUGGAAGAUUAUAUAGUUGCAAAAUUCAAGCAAGUUGAUGAGAAUGAAUUGGGUUUGUUUGCAAUUUUUGAUGGUCAUUUGGGGCAUGAUGUUCCUGACUACCUCUGCUCACAUCUAUUUGAAAAUAUCUUGAAGGAGCCUGACUUCUGGACUCAAACUGAGCAUGCAAUAAAGAAAGCAUAUCUUAUAACUGAUGAUAAGAUUUUGGAGAAAGCAGUUGAAUUAGGUAAAGGAGGUUCAACUGCAGUGACCGCAAUUCUGAUUAAUGGUCAAAAGCUGGUGGUUGCAAAUGUUGGAGAUUCUCGAGCUGUUUUAUGCAGGAAUGGUGUGGCAAAACAGUUAUCAGUUGAUCACGAGCCAAGCAAGGAACGCAAAGAUAUUGAAGACAGAGGUGGUUUUGUCUUAAAACUUCCAGGAGAUGUAGCAAGAGUUGAUGGGCAGUUGGCAGUUGCAAGAGCAUUUGGUGAUAAGAGCUUGAAAGAGCAUUUGAGUUCUGAACCCGAUGUCGCGAUGGAAAUGAUAGAUGAAGACACUGAGUUUUUCAUAUUGGGAAGUGACGGAUUAUGGGUGGUAAUGUCCAACCAAGAGGCAGUUGAUACAAUAAAAGACAUAAAAGAUCCCAAAUCAGCAGCCAAGCACCUAGCGGAAGAAGCGCUUCGCAGAAAGAGCAGAGAUGAUAUUUCAUGUGUUGUUGUAAGGUUUCAGUGAUUUCAGACAGUGCCUUAAUCUCUAACAUGUGCUACUCUUGGUUCUGAAGUGUGCAUAUGAAUAUUGUUGUUGUGAUAAUAAAUUUGUAAGUGAAGGAAAAGAAACUCUUUUAUGGAACCAGUCUGUUGUAUGUGUUUGUAUGUCACAUUGGGCUUCAACGGCUAUUUUGUAGCCGCAACAUUACAAUCAUUUUCUUGUAU